GUCCCAGCUUUCACCCUCAUUCCCUCUCCAUUUUCCGCCACAAAAGAACCACCAUCCGAAAGCUAGACAUCGAAUUCACCCCCUUACCUCUCCCGAAAGGAAACGACCCGAUAGAAGGGGCGUUCACCGGGAGUCUGCGCGGAUUCACGGAAAUCACCCAGUGUGAUACAAUAGUCGCUGCCACCCCGACGACUCGGGGACGCUGUUGACACUCUCAUUGCUCGCUGAAGGGCGACGUCGAUGGGCAUCACUGGCCUUCUCCCCGUGCUCAAGUCGAUCCAGACGACGAGGAAGCUAUCCGACUUUGCGGGACAGACGAUCGCGGUCGACGGAUAUGUAUGGCUGCACCGGGGCGUGUACAACUGCUCGGUCGAGCUCGCGACGGGGAAGGAGACACACAAAUACAUCGACUACUUCAUGCAUCGAGUGCGGAUGCUGAGGCACAACGGCGUCGAGCCGUACAUCGUCUUCGACGGGGGGCCACUUCCGGCGAAGAAGGGGACGGAGAAUGAGCGCAGGCAGAAGCGGGAGGAGAGCCUGGCGCGCGCAAACAUGCUCGCCGCGCAGGGCAAGCACUCGCAGGCGAGGGACCACUACCUCAAAUGCGUGGACGUCACCCCCGAGAUGGCAUACCAGGUCAUCAAGGCACUUCGCGUCGAGAACGUCAAGUACGUCGUCGCGCCCUACGAGGCCGACGCGCAGAUGGCCUUCCUCGAGCGCACCGGCGCCGUGCACGCCAUCCUCACCGAGGACUCCGACCUCCUCGUCUUCGGCUGCAAGAACGUCCUCUUCAAGCUCGACCACGCCCAGUGCACCGUCGUCUCCAUCUCCCGCUCCGACUUCGCCUCUGUCACCGCCUGCGACGGCGUGUCCCUCGUCGGCUGGACGGACGCGCAAUUUCGCACCAUGGCGAUCCUCAGCGGCUGCGACUACCUGCCCAGCAUACCCGGUAUUGGGCUGAAGACGGCGGCGGUGUACGUGCGGAAGCACAAGACAGCGGAGCAGUGCGUGAAGGCCAUCGCAAGGGAGGGGAAGAAGAGGAUACCGAUGGGGUAUGUGUCGCAGUUUAAGCUGGCGGAGCAGUGCUUCCUCCACCAGCGCGUGUACGACCCAGCUCGCGAGGCGCUGGUACACCUGACGGAUGUCGGGGAUGAUUGGACGGAGGAAGCGGACUUGUACGUGGGACCGAAUAUUCCCCCGGAUAUCGCAAAGGGUAUUGCUCACGGCGAGCUCGAUCCGGAGACGCAUCUCCCUGUGAGGGAUGUCUACCCAAAGUUCGCCCCACGGCCACUCAAGACCCUCGACCUCAACAUCAUCGAGAAGUCGAGCAUCAGCAAGGGCAAAGCAAGUCGCCCAUCAAGGUCAAGCCGCGCUCGAUUGGGAAGAACAGCGGAAAGCGUACGCUAGCGGAGGUGAUGGAUGCGGAGACGAGCCAAAAGAAGGCACGGAUGGAGGAGAAGGAGCAGGAACCUCCCGUCGGGCUGUCGAAGUAUUUCCGUUCUUCGACGCCGACAUGUGCGCAGACUCCGAGACCGGAAUCAGCGCGCGACUCUAGGUCGAGGCCGCCAGACAAGGAGAACGUGCAGCCUCGGGCGUCGACUUCGAAGGAGCCUGCUGACGACUUCGACUCCGUAGUCGCGCAUCCGGCGGACGAGGAGAUGGAGGAUGUAUCCGAAGGGGAAGGCGUAGAUCAGGAAGACGGGUACAUCU